AUGUCGCGGUACUCAUUCGAUCGAGUGUGUCUGCUGAAUUUAAUCCUCCGACAACUUUGUGGCCAGAAUUGUGGUCGCUGAUACAGAUAAUUUGGCGGACUACCGGUAGCCGAAAUAAAAAGGGAUUCGGGCCUCAAACACUGGUUUCUUUUUCAGUUAUCUUUAAAAAUACUGCUGGAUAACUGUUUUCUUUCCUUCUUGGGGGAGGAACUUGUUAACCGGUGUCAGGGGUUUCCUUUGCUAGUGACGUAUGAGAAGAAUCGCAGGCAGUGCCAUUUGUAACCAACCAGCGGCUCAAUUUGUAACGUUAGCAUGGUGCUAGAUAUGUUUUUCAUUUUCAGUUAGCUACAAAAGGAACUCAGAAUAAUGUAGCGAGUUACGUAGCGUUGUGCAACUAAUAAAAUAAUUUUGACAAUACGCUUGCUACACUAAACCGAGUCGAGUAUGGAUAUUUAAAAGCUACGUACGUUUUAGUGAAUCUGCCGAAGUAAAGUUACAGUGAACUCCGGCGAGAAAGCUAGUCAGCUAGCUACUUCCUUAUUACUAGAAUGGGAUGGCAGGAAUCAAGAACUUUAUGAACUAGGAGAGAGGAUAGUUCCUUUUCCCCUGGUGCUGGAAAGAAAAUAAUAUUUUUGUAAAAAGGACUUCGAGACUAGCUUGCUAGCUAGCUGGUAUAAUAGAAUGCAUUUUAAAGACCGUUGAUUUACAAGUACCUUCGGCUAGCUAGCUAGCUAAUCUUUUUUGAAAUACCCGCACCAUGACUGUAAGGUAGUCAUCCAGCAAGCCGAUGACAUUUUAAAACUUCCAUUUCAUCAUGUAUUUUCAAUGAAAGUUGGACGGUUGGAUUCCAUUUAGCUGGCUUGCUAUUAGUCUACUGUGAAUAUGAUGGAUCAUCAGUCGGUAUAGUCUAAUGUUACAGGUCUGCUAAGUCGCUAGCUAGCUAGCUAGCUCCCGGAGUUAAACGUUAGUUUCAAUGUAGUUUUGCGUUGUUUGCCUUGGAGUACAAACGCUAUUCAAACCAUAUACCUAGCUAGCUAAUUGAUUAAAAAUAAACUGUACAUCCGACUGAUGAAUAAAUGCCGAACCCAGAGGUGGUUCAAGAGGGUCGGGGAAGGAGCCCUUCUGAGCAGAGAAAUGCAAGACCGGAGAGAAGUAAGCCUGGCAGCAGUGCAUCCACUCAGGGUGAGAAAUACCAGGAAAGGAGACGAUCGUCGUCGUCGUCGUCGUCCUCGCGGCGUAAGAAACACAAGCACCCCAGGGAAAGACAACAGCAGAAUAUACCAGAGGAACUCAACUGUGAACGGAGGAGCGUAUUCGAAAGAGAUGGUGAACUUAGGACUUUAGUGGAGUACGACGACGUGAGCUCCCAGUCCGAGCGCUUCUCUGGGAGCCCUUCUCCAAAACCCGACCCGCACGCCCAAAGACUUCUGCUGCAACACCUGAGCGAAACGGGGUUCCUGGACGGCAGCGGCCCUGGAUCACCGGGGAGGAGGUCGAGAAAAGAGCGUCACUCUUCCCACCCCAGGAGAGAUGGAAAAAGCAGACGAUCUGCCGAGAGGAACAAACAUGAAAAGGAGCACAAAAGAAAGGACCAUCACAGCCGGGAGAGAGACCCUUCUUCCAAGUCACAGAGUGGCAGCAGUGGUCAGAAACACAGCAGGGAAGGCACGCGGAGCAGCGACAGCAACGGCAAGAAGACAACUCUACCUGUGAUGUCGCAAGAUAAAAAGGAUUAUAAGCAGCACAAAAGCAGAGCAAGGUUGGAAAAAGAACCACCAUCGGCAUAUAGGGAUACCCCAAAAGCUUACAGAGAUGACCGUGAUGAUCUCAGGGCCUACAGAAGAAGUCCUGGACUCAAGGAAGAAAGUCCAUAUGGGGCUUCUUACUCGCAGGGCUAUGGGUAUCAGUCCCCUGGCACUGGUUACAACCAGUCCGUAUCCCGAAGAAGCCCUAGUUACGGGAACAAGAGACGCUCACCGAGCCCAGCUUACUACGGCCGAGAUGUGGAGUUUUACGGCGCAUAUAGUAGCUCGAAGUCGCCUGGCUCGUACUCGAGUAACAAAAGACAGAGGUCUCCCACGAGUCCAUACAGACGCAGGUCCCCAAGUUACGGCCGACACAGCCCUUACGAGCAAGGAGAAAUUACUUCCAGUCCCUACGCUACUCGAAGGCGUUCUAGAAGUCCGUACAGAAAGUCUUUCAGCCGGAGUCCAGAACUAAGACGGGGAAAGUCCCGCAGCCGCAGCCCGUACCCGUCCUCCCGCCAUUCCCGCUCGCGCAGCCGGCCCUCCAGCCUGUCCCCCAGCACCCUCACGCUCAAGAGCAGCCUGGCGGCCGAGCUCAGCAAGCAGAAGAGGGCCAAGGCGGCCGAGGCCGCAGCGCGGGCCAAGAGCUCCAGCAACGCCUCCACGCCCACGAAGGGCUCGUCCACCAGCAGCGGCGCGGCGCAGCCCGGUUCCAGCCCCAACCCCGGCGCCAAGAAGGCGCGGCCCCCUUCCCCGCCCCCCGAGAAGGGGCCCAAGACCCCCGCGUCCAGCCGGCCCCAGUCCCCUUCCGAUUCGUCCUCCAAGAAGACGGCUCCGCCCCCCCAGCCCAGUAAAGACGGCAGGGGGAAGGAUGAAAUUAUCGUUCAGCAGCCCCGGGACAAGAAGAAGCCCCCUGCACCUGCUCAGGGCAAGGACAAGGAGCGCUCCAUUGAGCCGACUGUCUCGACUCUGGGCUCUUUGCCCUUGCCCCCCACCCUCCUGGAUCACCUGGAUGGGGCAGAGAGCUUAAAGGACUGCUUGCCGUCCCACUCUGGGAAGAAGAAGCCAGACCGCAAGUCUCGCCACCUCCUCACCGACCUGCCCCUGCCCCCAGAGCUGCCAGGAGGGGAUCUCGGCUCACCCCAGAGCCCUCCCAACAAUAAGAAGGCAACCGCUGCCCGCCGCAGGCCCAAGAUAUGCGGCCCUCGGUUCGGAGAAAUCAAAGAGACCGAGAUCGACUGGGGGAAGCGCUGUGUGGAUAAGUUCGAGAUCAUUGGGAUCACAGGCGAGGGCACCUAUGGACAAGUGUACAAGGCUAAGGACAAAGACACUGCUGAAAUGGUGGCCCUCAAAAAAGUCAGGCUGGACAAUGAGAAGGAAGGCUUCCCCAUCACAGCCAUUCGUGAGAUCAAGAUCCUGAGGCAGCUCAACCACAAGAGCAUCAUCAAUAUGAAGGAGAUUGUCACUGACAAGGAGGAUGCCCUUGACUUCAGGAAUGAUAAGGGUGCAUUCUACUUAGUGUUUGAGUACAUGGACCAUGACUUAAUGGGACUGUUGGAGUCUGGCCUUGUUCACUUCAAUGAAAGCCACAUAAAGUCCUUCAUGCGGCAACUGAUGGAGGGCCUGGACUACUGCCACAAGAAGAACUUCCUGCACAGGGAUAUCAAGUGCUCCAACAUUCUACUCAAUAACAAGGGGCAGAUUAAGCUUGCAGAUUUUGGCUUGGCUCGGCUCUACAGCUCUGAGGAGAGCCGUCCCUACACUAAUAAGGUGAUUACUCUAUGGUACCGGCCGCCAGAGCUACUGUUGGGGGAGGAGAGGUACACACCUGCCAUAGAUGUUUGGAGCUGUGGGUGCAUUCUGGGAGAACUGUUCACAAAGAAGCCUAUCUUUCAGGCCAACCAGGAGCUUGCCCAGUUAGAGCUCAUUAGCCGAAUCUGUGGCAGCCCCUGUCCUGCUGUGUGGCCCGAUGUCAUCAAGCUGCCAUACUUCAAUACCAUGAAGCCAAAGAAACAGUAUCGCCGGCGAUUGCGGGAAGAGUUUGCAUUUAUCCCACCCAUGGCCCUGGACCUGUUUGACCACAUGCUGGCACUGGACCCCGGCAAGCGCUGCACAGCCGAGCAGGCACUCAACAGCGACUUCCUGAAGGACGUCGACCCUGCCAAGAUGCCAACACCAGACCUCCCGCUGUGGCAGGACUGUCACGAGCUGUGGAGCAAGAAGCGGCGGCGGCAGAAGCAGGUGCCAGAGGAGACAGCCGCGCCCAAGGCCCCCCGCAAAGAUGCGGGGCUGGAUGACAGCCGGAACAGUACCCCCCAGGGCCUCUCUGCCCCUGGCCAGCACAAGCUCUCGGGCAGCGCAGCCUCCACUCUACUUGACUCGAAGGCGUCCGGCUCGCAGCUGACUCAAGAGCAGCUGGCCGUACUGCUCAACCUGCUCCAGUCUAAGAGCUCCGUCACCAUGGCGCAGUUCGCCCAGGUCAUGAACAUCAAGGUGAACCCAGAGACGCUGCAGCAGCUCACCAAGGUCUCCCUGCCCGCCAGCAUCCUGGCAGAGGCGGAGAAGCCCCCCGAGCCCCCUCCACCACUGGAGUUGCACAGGCCUCCCCAGCCCCCGCAGGCAGGGGGGGCGCCCCGCACCCCUCCCCUCCCCGCGCCCAAUAAGCCGGAGGGGGAGGCGGCCUCCGCGGCUACGCACAGCACCUUCACCGUGCUCCUGGCUCAGCUGCUCAAGCUCCAGCAGACGCAGAGGAAGGAGGCGGCCGGAUCCGGGGAGGGGGGAGAGGGAGCCGGCCCCCCUCCGGGGACGGGAGGGCCGGAGGCGGCCCUCGAGCUGCAGCAGCCCCCGGAACCCAGCCCUGUCUCGCCAGUGUCUGAGAGCAGUGGAGUUUCUGCACCCCGGCAGCCACCCAGUGCACCAGAGCCGCCACUCAUCCUCCCCCCAGACCAGAGACCCCCGGAGCCCCCGGAGCCGCCACCCCCCUGUGAGGACCUGGAUUACCGGCAGGCCCCUGAUGCCAACAGCGGGGCGGAGGCGAAAAGCAACAAUGGGGUCGGUGGCGAGGGAGGAGGGGCGCCCGAACCUGAAUACCCACCUCCCCCGCCCCCUCCUCAACCCGAGGGGCCCAGCUAUAGCAGUGACUACAGCAGAGACGGUGGCUUCGCUCCUUUGCCCCCUCCUUUGCCCCCUACAGGUUACCCUGGCGAGGGCUUUGGGGCGAGCUACCUGGGCGGGAUGCUCGGAGGUGGGCUGCCGCCCCACUCGCUGAGGGAGAUGUUCAGCGGCGCCGCCCCACCCCCCUCCUCGUCCUCGGCGCGGCCGCACACCCCCGGGUACCAGGAGCCCUUCUCACACGGCAGGGCCAUGGGGGGCGGGGGCGGGGGCCUGGUGUUCAGUGGCGACAAGGACCAUCGCUUCGAGUACAAUCACAGCUCCCUCCCCGUAGAGGGACUGCCCCCCCACCCCGCCAGCGUCCACGUCUACAACCACGGCUUGAACCGACAAGACAGCGCCCCCCCACCCCUGCCUCCCCCUCCCGGCCAAGGCUGGGGCUCCCCCUCCCAGCCUAGUGUGCCCCCCUUCCCCCCCGGCUUUAUGCCACAUAUGAACGCUGCGGCUCUCAGGGGCCGAGGACUUCCCUUCUGAGUGGCACGUGGCGCAUUGAGUGGCGGAAACUAAGAACGGAAGACUUGAGACAGUACAAGUUCAGCCCUCUCGCAGUACAAGUUCAACCCUCUCAGGUCCUGACUGUGGGGGAAAACACAGACUUGAUUUGUAAUACUUAUAGAAACGUUGACUGAAGCAUUUUUUUCCCUGUAUGGGAACGAUAUAUAACAAACAUGGGAAGAGGGGGGUUAUUCAGGGGGCCUUUCUUGCGCUUACCAUUUCAUAUUGUUUUUAAUCUAUUCUACUGCUGUCUUUUAAAUUAAAAUCUGACCUUUUCUGAGCGUACAUUUACUACGCCAGGUAAUUGUUAUCUGUACUUUAGCUUCCUCCUUAAAUGCCUAAGGGCGGAUUAGUAUUAACUGGUUUUGCACUACUGAACAAAGUAGUCAAAAUCUGUUAAGUGAUUAAAUAUGAGCUACCUGUGCACAGAUUGAAAUUUGAAUGUGAUAUAGAUU